UCAAUCCCGGCGGCGCGGGGGCGGGGGCCGCCCGCCCCGCCAGGGCUUCCCUUCCGCCCGUCGCCUCCUCCGGCCCCCUCAUUAGGACCCAGCCGACAGCUCGUCCGGCUUCCUCGGCCCGCCCCGUCCCAACCUCCCCACACGCCCCCCCCGAAAAAAAAAGAACUAUCCAGACCCCCCCAAGUCCCCGGUUAGGCCAGACCCGCCUCUAGGCAGCCGGUUAAGAAGACGCCCCUGGAAGGGGGAAACUGACAUGCCAUCAGGCCCCGCCCCUCCCCUCCCAUGCAAGAGUGUCUCUGCUCCCGCCCCGAGAAGUUCAGUGCCCCCCCGGGCUGCCUCCCGCGCUUCCGCGCUCCCGCCGCCGGGACCCUCGGCUUCCGAGGAGUCGGCAGCUCCCGACCCCGCGAAGAUGGCGAGGAGGAGCCGCCACCGCCUCCUCCUGUUGCUGCUGCGCUACCUGGUGGUCGCCCUGGACUAUCAUAAGGCCUAUGGAUUCUCUGCCUCAAAAGAUCAUCAAGUAGUCACAGCAAUAGAGUAUCAAGAGGUUAUUUUAGCCUGUAAAUACCCAAAGAAGACCAUUUCCUCCAGAUUGGAGUGGAAGAAACUGGGGCGCAGUGUCUCCUUUGUCUACUAUCAACAGGCUCUUCAAGGAGAUUUUAAAGAUCGAGCUGAGAUGAUAGAUUUCAGCAUACGGAUCAAAAAUGUUACGAGAAAUGAUGCCGGGAAAUAUCGUUGUGAAGUUAGUGCCCCAUCUGAACAAGGUCAAAACCUGGAAGAGGAUACACUCACUCUAGAAGUAUUAGUGGCUCCGGCAGUUCCAUCAUGUGAAGUACCCAGUUCUGCACUGCGUGGAACUGUGGUGGAGUUGCGAUGUCAAGACAAAGAAGGCAACCCGGCUCCUGAAUACACGUGGUUUAAGGAUGGCAUCCGUUUGCUAGAGAAUCCAAAACUUGGCUCCCCAAGUGCCAACAGCUCAUACACAAUGAAUACAAAAUCUGGAACUCUGCAAUUUAAUACUGUUUCAAAACUGGACAGUGGAGAAUAUUCCUGCGAAGCCCGUAAUUCUGUUGGACAUAGCAGGUGUCCUGGGAAACGAAUGCAAGUAGAUGAUCUCAACAUAAGUGGCAUAAUAGCAGCUGUAGUAGUUGUGGCCUUAGUGAUUUCUGUCUGUGGCCUUGGCGUGUGCUAUGCUCAGAGGAAAGGCUACUUUUCAAAAGAAACCUCCUUCCAGAAGAGUAGUUCUGCAUCUAAAGCCACUGCAAUGAGUGAAAAUGAUUUCAAGCACACAAAAUCCUUUAUAAUUUAAAAGAAUUCCAUCUUUGCGAUGCACCAAAACCCCAGUUGUUGCACUAUUAAAAGAUUAUAAAACUCUGCUUUGUCUUACAUUUGCCAAGAGGUACAUGAGGAGGUGAAAUUGGUGUUUCAGUGUAAUCUUUAUGACUGCUACAUCACUUGAAAUUUUUAUUUUACACAAAUAGUUUUGUCAGCAGCUAAAAUACAGUCUGGCUUCUUGUGUCUGGACAAAGUUAAAGGAGUCAAAAUACUUUGUAAUAUUCUGGGGCUUGUGAAAUGUUAAAUAUCGUAACUUCUAGAGUAAGUUACUAAAAAUAUAUCAUACUGGUUGUGAAAUUAAUCCACAGAGCGUGAAAAUGUAAGCUGUAUGCACCCUCUGUGCAAGAGUCUGAUGUAGAGGGUUCAGAAAAUACUCUGACAGAUGCAAAAGGAACCUCUGGUCUCGUUAUUCUGUUGCUCAUUUAUCACUAAUAUAUUCACAGAAGGGAAGUGGCAGGAAGGGUCUUACACCCAAGGAUUUGCACUUUUUGUUUACUUUCAUGUCUGAGAACCAAAAUCAACAUGAAGAAAAAUACCUAAUGACCAGAGCUCACUCACCUGGUGUGUGCCGUUGAUUUCUUCAUUAAACAUCAGUCUGAGAGUUCAACACAAACCCAAGUGUCUUAUUUCACCCCCAGAGCUGCUUGUUGCUAUUUACCUCCCCUAAGACCCCUUUGAAGAGGAUCAGUGACUUUGACAUCAGAACUCGCCAUUGGAACCAACACACAUAACCCUACAGAUACUUGUCCCUGCGUGAUGGUGACUUCACAUCUCUCUGUCUCUAAAAUUAGUGCAGUGAAAUUUUGCAUUGGGCCGAGUCCCUUGCUGUUACGGCCAGUGGUUUUCCAACCCUGCUUAUGGCAAAGUCAGGGAUAUGGAGGGGAGGACAGGUUGCCUGACAAGUAAAAUGAGAUGAAACGGCUCAGGGUGGCUCCUGGCACCUGGUGCUACGCUUGAUACAUAGAAAACACAGGAGAAAUGAAAUGAAAAAUGGGUCCGAUUAUCUGGUUUCUAAACUGAUAGAUCACAAAGACCUCCAGCUAGUGUUACAAAGUGAAAAUUCCAAUGAUCCAUGUAAUAGGGAGAGUAAUUAGACUGUGUUAAAAGCAUAAUCAUCCAGAACUUAUUCUGAUUAUUCGUUUCAUAUUGAAAAGACAAUAUGGCUAGGGCAUUUCCAGUUCCAGGCAAAUCUAGACGAAAAAGGUCCCUCACUACCUUUGACAACUUUGAACACGGUUAAACUGCUUUUAAAGGAGUCCACUCUUUUUGCCCAAUAGGCAGAGCAAAUCACCAGGAUUCACGGGACAGACAGUUGGAUUAAGUACUCACCAAGUGCCGAAUAUGUGCCUGGACACCAGGUCACUGGGAAGAUGCCUGUUGUCACACUGCCCCCACUUGUCUGUGACAUUCAGUGAUUCUCACCAGACCUCUUCCAACAGUUUCCGUAAAGGGCCAGGUAGUAGAUAUUUUAAGACAUGUAGGCCAUAUGGUCCCUGCCAUAACUGCCUGUACUGUACUCAACUCUGCCAUUUUUCAUGUCAUGGUAUUGUAGCAUGAAAGCAGCCACAGACAAUACUUUUAAAAUGGUCAUGUUUGUGUUCUUAAAACAGGAGGCACAGACAGGAUCUGGUCCACAUGCAUAGUUUCCCAACUCUUGGUGAUGAAGCAUGAAAAGAAAAAAAACAAAAAACUAUCAUUAUAAUUCUUAGAGCAUUUUGAUUUUGUUUUCAUGAAGUAAAAUUGUGUUUUAUAAAGGUUAGGGCGUUAGUAUCUUUAAUAGCAAGUUUUAAUUAUUAUCAUUGUAACCAGAUUUAAUUUAUUUUUACUCGGGGGUUUAACCCAACUAAAUCUGGAACAACUGUUUUUCAAUACAGCCUUGAAAAAAACUUCAUCUCACAGGUGGUUUUGUCUGAUUAAAGUCUACAUUAAUAAAAAUAGCUGAACGUG